UGUCAGAGGUGGUAAUGUAUGGAUAAUGGGAAUGGCUUUUUACCUAAACAUCUGCUGCGUGUUAUGUCUUAUACUCCAUUUUCAAGGGUAUAUAGCGGUAUCUAUGCAGGAUAUUGUACUGAAUAUUAUGACUGUACGAAGACUUGUCAGAGAGUUGUAAGGACGACUACAAGCUCUUGGAUCUUUUGGGAAGCAACUAAAUACAGAACAGAAAAUUACGACUGCCCAGGAACAUGUUCACGAGAUGUGUGUUGUAGCGGCUAUACAGGAAACUUCUGUACUACAGAUAUAGACGAAUGUUCAGAUGGGACAAAGUGCUCACAGAAUUGUGUAAACACGUACGGAUCGUACAGGUGCUCAUGUAACAAUGGUUACAGCCUUCUUUCAGACGGAUACUCGUGCCAAGACCAGGAUGAAUGUUCAAGCUGGAACUACUGGAGCUGGGACAACGGGCACAACUGCGCACACCUUUGUACCAAUACUCCUGGAUCGUACAGCUGUACAUGUUACAAUGGCUAUAGACUUCUCACAGAUGGAUAUUCUUGUCAAGAUUUAGACGAAUGUGGUGAAGGUACAUCAGGAUGUGAACAUUCCUGUACAAAUACAGAAGGGUCCUUUGGAUGUUCCUGUAAUCAUGGUUAUGAAUUGUCAUCAGACGGGAGGUCAUGUCAAGAUAUUAACGAAUGCUCAAGGGGAACUUCAGGGUGCCAACACAACUGUAUCAAUACCGUUGGGUCAUUUGCAUGCUCAUGUAACAUGGGUUUUCUGCUGAAUAUGAACGAAAAGUCUUGUGCAGAUGUAGACGAAUGUGGUGAAGGUAUACCAGGAUGUGAACAUUCCUGUACAAAUACAGAAGGGUCCUUUGAAUGUUCCUGUAAUAAUGGUUAUGAACUGUCUUCAGACGGGAGGUCUUGUCAAGAUAUUAACGAAUGCUUAAGGGGAACUUCAGGGUGCCAACACAACUGUAUCAAUACCGGUGGGUCAUUUGCAUGCUCAUGUAACAUUGGUUUUCUGCUGAAUAUGAAUGAAAAGUCUUGUGCAGACAUAGAUGAGUGUGCAGACGGAAGUGCCGAGUGUGAAGUUCACUGCGAAAAUACUGUUGGGUCAUACACGUGUGGAUGUAACCUAGGCUUUAUACUCACCACGAAUGACUUAAACUGUGAAGACAUCGACGAAUGUUCCGAGAGCAAUGGAGGAUGUGCACAGACUUGCGUGAAUGAACCUGGAUCAUAUAAUUGUGCUUGUAUUGAAGGCUUCCAGUUAGACAUGGAUGGACAAACCUGUUUCGAUAUAGACGAAUGUGAGCAAAGUAUAGCUGGAUGUUCACAGAGUUGUGCGAACACAUUUGGUUCCUAUCUAUGUAGUUGCGAUACCGGAUAUGAAUUAGAGACUGACCUACAUACUUGUUCGGACAUAAACGAGUGCCUUUUACUUAAUGGCGGAUGUCAAGAGGUAUGUACUAAUUCAGAAGGGACGUUCGAAUGCGCUUGUUUCGAUGGAAGUAUGUUACAGGAAGACGGAUUUACUUGCCCAAGAGGAAAGCUAUACCAAGUACAUGCACUUUCGAAAAGUGGCAAAUGUUAUAUUCUACAACAUUACCGAAGAAGAAUCGAAUUAUUAAUUUAUAUGAAUAUUUUAUAUAUUGUAGAUGAUACCAAAGGCACAGUGUUUGAACGAUACAACAUUGUCGGGUCCUUGCUCCCGGAGGCAUGUUUCUCGUUGGCGGUCGCACAAUGCACGGAUGGUGUAGAUAAUGACUUGAUACUGAAAUCUACAUUGAAGUGGUAUCAACAGAAAGAACAGCCGUCAGUUUUCUACACUUUGGGCAUUACUUUUGUCGAAAUGAGCACUAUGUCCUUACCAUUAUCGCUUCGCGGCCUCAAAGUUGUAAUUUCAGAAGCAGACUGCAGUUUUAGUUAUAACAUCAUCUCUUCAUCGAGUGAUGACAACGUCUUUGAGAGCGGCGACUCAUCCCAAGACUGUAGAACUUUUAAUUUGACUGACUUAGACAUGUACGAUUUUCUCUCCCAUGGAUCCUUUUUGAGAACAUAUCUGGUUUCCUUAAGCACCUCAUUACCAAACUGGAUCGAUUUUGAUAAGUCAAGCGAUUCCGCAGUUGAAAUUCACGAUGUCAAAAGUGACAUAAUUUAUGGCGAUACUAUGAAGGAUACCGACUGGUGUAACGGGGCUCCCGUUAUCCAUGAUCAUCUCUAUAAUGUAUUUCGAUUUGAUACUGUCUUUUCACUCAGUGUACUUGGUGAGGACGUUAAAAUUCCAUUGCCUGCUAAAGGAAAUAAAUUUUGUAUAAUCGUAGAUCUUAGCUACCAUAAUGAGAGCAGCUUUUUCCUUAUGAUACCAGAGCAAUCGAGGAGUUUCUUGGAAAGUAUAAACAUUUUCAAGCAACUGAAGCAGAAGUAUGGGUUACGUGUACUCCCAAGAGGGAUUGGUCUAUCCGUUGUUAGUAGUUACUCUACUGAGUUAGAACUAUGGAACGGCGAUACAAUGUUCAAAUACCCCUUGGACCUUCUUUCCCCUGCUGAUGUCUGGGUAGGAGGAGACAUUUCAAUUGAUGGAAACUAUUGGACCAUUGAUGGAAGUGUCGAUAUGUACCUAGGAGUGCCGAACUUGGAAACUAUGCUUUCAUCCGUCUAUCUGGAUGAGUGGAAUGCCUAUGCUCUUGUCCGAAUGUCUCCUUCACUGAAGUUUCGUCUUUUUGGCAAAUAUUUUGAAGUAGAUUUGGAAAAAUCUGUAAAUGCUGAGGUCGAAGCAUACGUUUCGAUUGGCGGUAAACAAAGAUCGUGGUGUGGAGAGACUUCAAACCCACCGGGUAUAUUCUUCACUGUACAGAUGGAACUAGCCACUCCUUUUGAAGGUGUUCCAUUCCUAGGAGACUGGCAUUCAUCUUUGAGACAAAAAGCGUAUGUUUUCUCGACUUAUGAACCGUCUUUAGUGCCGUCAGAAAUAAAUAUCAAAAGCUACAUUCUAAAUUUGGAAACUUCUGUUGACAACAUUAUUGAACUGAUGACUCUUGAAUUUCAAGAUUUAAAUGAUGGCAUCAGUUUUAAAAAUACGACAGUAACAACAGUUAAUGAUAUUUUGCCAAUUCUCACUUCUUUGAAGGAACUUAUUCAAAAUAUCAAAGCUGAUUUAGAUACAGAAACCUUUGAAGAUAUCAAACCACUAUUAGACAAAGUUUGGAUACUCUUUACGGAAAUGAAACAUCAAACAACUCUUUUCUUUUAUGACACUGAAUUCAUUGAGAAAGAACAAUUUUCUAAUUUUGAAAACGAUAUUAACAAUGAAAUCGAUGCUUUUAAGGUAGAAAUUUCAAGGCUUUUAACAAAUGUCACGAACACGUUAAUGAAGGAGGCAACUUCCUUCUCAAGUUUUGGCAUAAAAUACACCGUAAAUCUAAUUGUUAAGACUGUGCAAUUAGGGGAAUUCGAUAUAGAAAUGGUGUAUUCCACUGACAGUCUUUUUAAAUGCAGCAGAUUUGGUAAAGUGAUGGAACAUUUAAGGGGAGAGCAAGCUAUGAGAAUUUUGGGACGAGCAUCAGUUCAGAAAAAACUAAACAAUUUUUUCAGCUACGAAAAAGGAAUAGGGAUUGGAGCAGCUCUAUCUGUCAACACUGAUAAAUUUGUCUUUCAGCUGCAAUUAUUUGCUAAGUUACUCGGAAUGAAAGCCACGGGAGAUCUUUUUCUGACCAAUAAUGGCCUUUAUCUGUAUCUUGAAGGAAAUAUUUGGGACAUUUUCCUUGCACAACUUGAUGUCUCUGCUGAAAUAGGAGGAAACUGGUACGACCUGGUGAUAAGGGUACAAGGAAGGUUCGUUGCUAAAGCCCGUAAAAAACGACAGAUACAGACCGUAAGCUCUUCAUUUGAAGAUAGUUAUUUCGAUGCUUUGAAAAAAUUGAUUACAAUUAUUGCGGAUGGAGCACAGAGGCGAUUAAAUCAAGCACAGGAUGGAUUAACAUCCGCUCAAAAUAAGUUAACUGAAGCACAACUUUGGAUCAGGAAUAAGCAAGAAAACGUUAAUAGUGCAUAUGCAGCGUUUGAUAAAGCAGUUGCGUCUCUUGAAAUUGCCAAAGUGAAGCUUGAAGCAGCAAAGGGACCGUUUGAAGAAGCCUUGGAAAAGCUUAGGAACGCUCAGAGAAACGUUGAUAAUCUUUGUAGAAUCAAAUCAUGUGAUAGUAUUUGCGUGCUGCCUCAAUUGAAGUGUAAAACAUGUUGGAAAGGGUGGAUUCCGUACCCAUGCUGCUCAAAGACUGGGUGUUUGAUUAGCAUACCUGAUCCAAUCUGCGUAGCAGCAAACGUAGCAUGUAGAAUUGUAAGGGGUGUUGCAUAUGCGUUAUUAGAAGCCGCAAAGAUAUUCGUAAGACUACCGAUGCUAGCAUUGGAUGCAGCAAAAGUUGUAGUUUCUGUUGCUCAGGUAAUUGUUGAUAAAUCACGUGUAGCAGUUGUAGUUGCAGAAGGUCUUCUCGAGCUGGCGCAUACUGGGCUGGAGCUUGCUAAAGGCGUUCUUGAAGCCGCCAAAUUAGUGCUCGAAGGUGUCAAAUAUGCUUUGGGAGCUGCGGUAAACGUUUUGACCUUUGUUAUUGAAUUCGGCAUUCAGUCUAUUAUUGACGUUAAAAACUGUGGUUUUGAUGUUGAAAUAUCGACAAAAGAUCUACCGGUGUUUUCUGUCUUUUGCGAUGUCAAUGCUUUCAAGUUAGGUUGGAAGACAAUUUCAAUUAAAAUCAAUUUUAAGAAUAUUCUUCAAAGUAUUUGGAAUGCAGCUCGUGCUACAAUUGAUUUGUUAAUGAAGCAGAUUGGUAACGUUUUUGGGAUUGGUCGAAAGCGAAGAGAAAUAACAUUUAGAGCAUCUGCAAAGGUACAUGCAAGCAUAUUGAGAACAAUUCGAGAAGUCGGAUCCGAAGACACUUAUUUGAAUGAAAGCAUAGAUAUUUCAAAUAAUAUUUCUGGAAUGGGGACUAAUAUCGAAGAAGAUUAUGCUAGUAGAGUGCUUCUCUUCAAUGAGAAAUGUAAGAAAAUGACCGUUGUAAUAGAUUUCAUGCAAGUUGCUUUCGAAUCUCUUCAAGACAUUGUCAAUGAAUCAAUGCUUUCCAUAGAUGAAAUAAGCUCACUGAUUGAUGAACUUCAACAAUUUACGACCACUGGUCUAGCCGACAAUAUGACAUUAGAAAACCUGGGAAUAAGUAAAGAGCAUGCAGAGAAUGAUUACAAUAUGACUGAUGACGAUUUUGAAAAGUUGAUGGAAAACAUAACACAAGCUAUUGAAAAUGAUCUUCUUCUGACUGAAAUCAGCACGGUCGCAAACGUUUCGAUUGAAAACAUGGCUGAAAUAAAAGAGUCUAUAGAGUCGAUAAAUUUUCUAGACAGUUGGUUUGUGGCAAUGGCUAAUACAUCCAAAGACUAUUUCAACGCAACAGAAUGUUUUGACUUCAAGGAUUGUGUGUUCUACUCGAUUUCAACGUUGUAUGAUCUCUAUGAAGCGGAAGAUAUACCUGAUAUUGACAGCAUUAGAACUUCAAUAAUCGAUCUGGAAGCUGUUUUAAUAGAACUCUUCCAGAAUGAGACACAUGCGAUAUCUGACAUUUCAAUCGCGCUGGAUUCCGUGACGUCAAAUGUAACUUACUUAUCCGAUGCUAAUCCGUUUUGUUCUUUGGCACCAACAUUCGUAUCCGAUCUGAAGAAUCAGACCGUACUCAACUCAACAGAUGUUGUGUUCACGUGUGAUGCAACUGGCGAUCCAUUUCCGCAGUUCUGGUGGUUAAAAAAUGACGAGUAUUUAACUAAUGAACAAUCGAUGCAGAUGACGGUAUCGUCUGCGACACCCGAUGACAGUGGUAUAUAUACUUGCAUCGCAGGCAAUGUUGUUGCAAAUAUAACAUCAAAUGAGGCGCAUCUUCUGGUUGUUAUGCAUGAUGAAAACGAAUGCGGGACUAGAAAUGGGAAUUGUGGGCAUAUUUGCACAAAUAUUAUUGGGUCGUUCAAAUGCAGUUGUCGUGAAGGAUAUACUCUGAACGGAGACAAAUCUACAUGUACUGAUAUAGACGAAUGUGCAGGUUGGACCACGUGCUCACAAAACUGUGUAAACACAUACGGGUCAUACAGAUGUUCAUGCAACACUGGUUACAGUCUUCUCACAGACGGAUAUACAUGUCAAGAUCGGAAUGAAUGUUCAGGUUGGAAUGAUUGUGAUCACUGGUGCACGAAUACUGCUGGAUCGUACACAUGUUCCUGCUACACCGGUUACACACUUCUUGCAGACAGAUCUUCUUGUACAGAUAUGAAUGAAUGCGCUGAGGGCACUUCAGGAUGCGACCAUUCAUGUACAAAUACAGAAGGUUCAUUCCUAUGUUCAUGCAAUCAUGGUUUUGAACUGUCUUUCAACGGAAGAUCAUGUCGAGAUGUCAACGAAUGUUCAAGAGGAACUUCCGGGUGCCAGCACUACUGUAUCAAUACAGUUGGAUCAUUUGCAUGUUCAUGCUACAGUGGUUUCCAACUGGAUCUCAACGGAAAAUCUUGUUUAGAUGUGGAUGAAUGUGUAGAUGGAAGUGAAGACUGUGCAGUUUACUGUCAAAACACCGUUGGUUCAUACACGUGUGGGUGUGACACAGGAUAUGUACUUACCGAAAAUGGUUUAGGGUGUGAAGACGUUGAUGAGUGUUCCGAGAACAAUGCAGGCUGUAUACAAACGUGUGUUAAUGAACCUGGAUCGUAUCAUUGUGAAUGCAGUGACGGCUUUCAACUAGACACGGACGAACAAUCCUGCACUGAUAUCGAUGAGUGUGGACGAGGUAUUUCUGGAUGUACACAGAAUUGUGACAACACAGUUGGUUCCUAUGUCUGCAGUUGUGAUACAGGAUAUGAAAUAGAGAGUGAUCUACACACUUGCUCGGAUAUUGACGACUGUAUUGGAGUGGUAUGCCAACAUGUUGGGACCUGCAGAGACGGACUGAACUCGUACUCCUGCCUCUGUAGCCCAAGCUUUACUUCUGCCCACUGUGAAACAGAUAUAAAUGAAUGCCUUAUACAUAACGGUGGGUGUCAAGAGGUCUGUACUAAUACAGAAGGGUCUUACGAAUGUGAAUGUUAUGAUGGUAGAGAGCUUCAGACCGACGGAUAUUCUUGUCCAAGAGAUGGAGAAUAUGGCACCGUGUUUGAGCAAUAUAAAAUAGGCGGUUUCUUGCUUCCGGAGGCAUGUUUUUCGUUGUCGGUCACACAAUGCACGGGUGGAACAAAUUCUAACAUGAAACUUAAAUCUACAUCUGAGUGGUACAGACUGAGAGAGCAGCCAUCGGUGUUUUACACAUUUGGUAUAGCUUUUGUCGAGAACAAUGUCAUGGCGUUACCAGCUUCGCUUCAAGGACUUGCAAUAACAUUGGCCGAAAGAGAAUGCAGGAUAAGUAAUAUUGUCAGCUAUAAACCUGACGACGGCAAUCUUCUAUUUAGCGAGGAACCACAAAAUGACUGCAAAGUUUUAAAUCUGACGGGCUCGGACAUCUUUGAUUUUAUUUCUCAUGAAUCGUUUUUGAGAACAUAUCUAUCUUUUUUAAGCCCAUCACUACCAAACUGGAUCAAGUUUGGUACAUCUAGCGACUCUGUACUUUCAAUACAAGAUCUGAAAAGUGAGAUAUUGUAUGGUGAUGAAAUUAAGGAUACAGCCUGGUGCAACGAGGCCCCUGUUCUAGAUGAUCAUAUCUACAAUGUAUUCCGAUUUGAUUCAAACAUUUCGCUUAGCAUACUAGGCCAUGCCAUUAAAUUACCUCUGCCCUCUAAAGGUAACAAGUUUUGUAUCAUCGUUGGUCUUGGUCAGAACAGCAGAGGAAGUUUUUUCCUCAUGAUACCAGAAGAGUCAAGGAGUAUCUUUGAUAAUAUAAAUAUAUUCCAGCAACUUAAAGCGAAAUAUGGAUUAAGUGUACUGCCCAGAGGCAUUGGCCUAUCCGUUGUUAGCAGCCACUCUUCAGAGUUAAAACUAUGGAAUGGAGAUGCAAUGUUUCAGUAUCCUCUCGAUUUCCUGUCUCAUGCAGACGUUUGGCUAGGAGGAGAAAUUUCAAUCAAUGGAAACUUUUGGACUAUUGACGGCAAUGCAGACAUAUUCUUUGGUGUGCCAGAUGUGGAGACUGUGUUAACGUCCAUCUUUUUAGAAGAGUGGAAUGCAUAUGCACGUGUGACAAUGUCACCUUCAUUGAACUUUAAGGUGUUUGGACAAGAUUACAAAAUAAGUUUGGCAAAAUCUAUAAAUGCCGAGGUCGAAACGUAUGCUUCAAUUGGCGGUAACAACAGAACUUGGUGCGGAGAGACUUCUAACCCACCGGGAAUAUUCUUCACUGUACAGAUGGAACUAGCCACCCCUUUUGAAGGUGUUCCAAUACUAGAAGACUGGCAUUCAUCUAUUAGGCAGAAGGCGUAUGUUUUUGCGACUUCCGAACCCUCACGGACGUCCGCUGAAAUCAAUACUAGUGCAUCUAUUUUAAACUUGGACAAUCACAUUGUCAAAAUCCUUGACUUGAUGAACACUGAAUUUCAAGCAUUAGAAAAUUUCCUCAUUUUUAGAAAUAGAACGCAGACUUUGGCUGAUGACAUUUUGCAAAUUGUAAUGUCUAUAAAAGAUCUUAUUCAAAACUGUUUGACUGAGCAAGAGUCUGGAAAGUUUGACGAUAUUAAACCAUUGCUAGACCAAAUUUGGGCAUUGUCCUUCGAACUGGAAAGACUUAUUACUUUGUUCUUUUAUGACACAGAGUUCAUUGAACAAGAGUUAUUUGCAAACUUUGAAACCAGCCUGACCCUUGAAAUUGACGCUUUUAAGUACGAAAUUUCCAACGUGCUAUCAAGAGUCUCAAACACCUUGAUACAGAAGGCAACUUCUUUCACAGGUUUUGGCCUUAAGUACACUGUAAAUCUGGUUGUGAAGGGAGCAGAAUUAGGUGAAUUUGAUAUUGAAAUUGUUUAUUCCGCCGACAGCCUUUUAAAAUGUAGCAGGUUUGAUAAAGUGAAAGAGCAUCUUGAAGGAGAGCAGGCAUUUAGACUUUUGGGACGUGCAUCAUAUAAAAAGAAGCUUAACAACUUUUUCAGCUACGAGAAAGGAAUAGGCGUGGGAGCAGCUUUGUCAGUUACCAGUAACAAGUUUGUCUUUCAGCUGCAAUUAUUUGCAAAGUUGCUCGGAAUGAAAGCCACCGGAGAUCUGUUUCUUACAAAUAAUGGCCUUUACUUAUACAUUGAAGGUAAUAUUUGGGAUAUUUUCUUGGCACAACUUGACGUCUCUGCUGAAAAUGGGAAGAACUGGUAUGACCUGGUAAUAAGAGUGCAAGGAAAGUUUGUUGCCAAAGCCCGUAAGAAGCGACAAAUUCAGACUGAAAGCUCUUCAUUUAAAGAUAGUUAUUUAAAUGGUCUAAAAAAGGUGAUAAACGUCAUUGCUGAUUAUGCGAACAAAAGAAUAGAUCAAGGAAAACAAGGACUUACGAAUGCUCAGUACCAGUUUUCCAAAGCACAAGAAUGGCUUGAAGACAAGCAAAUUAAACUGGACAACGCACAUGCAGUGUUUGAUACGGCAGUAGCGUCGCUAGAAACGGCCAAAGUAAAGCUUGAAGAAGCCAAAAAGCCUUUUGAAGAAGCUUUGGAAAAGCUCCGGAAUGCACAGAAAAAUAUUGAUAAUCUUUGUAAAAUUAAAUCAUGCAGCAGUAUUUGCGUACCGGGAAUCGAAUGUGAAAUACGUUGGAAGAAAGUUUGGUUUGUGACAAUACCUUAUCCGUGGUGCUGGUUGUCAAAUUGUAUGCUAAGAAUUCCCGACCCGAUUUGUGAGCUAGCAAACAUAGCAUGUAGAAUAGUCAGAGGUAUUGCGUACUUGGCAUUAGAGGCAGCAAAACUAUUUGUAAGAUUACCUAUGAUUGCAUUCGAUAUAGCAAAAGCUGCAGUGUCUUUAGCUCAGGUAAUUGUUGAUAAGUCACGCGUAGCUAUCGACUUAGCAGCUGGUCUUUUCGAAUUAGCUCAGAAGGGAUUAGAAUUUGCUAAAGGUGUUCUUGAAGCCGCCAAAUUUGUACUUGAUGGGGUUAAAUUUGCACUGGGGGCUGCAGUAAACGUUUUGGAGUUUGUUAUCGAAUUCGGGCUAAAAUCUAUUAUUGACGUUAAAAACUGUGGUUUUGAUGUUGAAAUAUCAACAAAAGACUUACCAGUAUUUGCUGUAUUUUGUGAUAUCAAUGCGUUUAAAUUGGGCUGGAAAACAAUUACAAUUAAAGUUAAUUUUAAGAAUAUUUUUCAAAGUAUCUGGAAUGCAGCACGUGCUACAAUAGAUGUGUUGAUGAAGCAGAUUAGUAGCAUUUUUGGGAUUGGACGGAAACGUAGAGAAAUAGCCUUUAGAUCAGUCGCAAAAAUACAUGAAGGCUUGUUGAGAACAAUUAGGGAAGUCGGAAUCGAAGAAACGUUUUUGAAUGAAAGCAUAGAUAUUUCAGAUACUAUUAUUGGUAUGGGGACCAAUAUUGAUGAGGACUACGAUAAUAGAGUACAUCUCUUCAAUGUAAAAUGCCAGAAAAUGACCGUAGUAAUGGAUUUUAUGGAAGCUGCAUUCGAAUCUCUUCGAGACAUCGUCAAUGAAUCAAUGUUUUCUAUUAACGAAAUAAGUUCAGUGAUUGAUGAACUUCAACAAUACACGACAACUGGUCUGGCCGAAAAUAUGACAUUAGAAAACCUGGGAAUCAGUAAAGAGCAUGCAGGAAAUGAUUACAAUAUGACUGAUGAGGAUUUUGAAAAGUUGAUGGAAAACAUCACUGAAGCUUUGGAAAACGAUCUUCUGCUGCUUAAAAUUAGCUCUGCUGCAAACUUUUCAAUGGGAAACUUGGCUGAAAUGAUAGAGUCUAUAGAGGCGAUUAACUUUCUAGACAGUUGGUUUGUGGCAAUGGCUAACACAACAACUGAAUAUUUCAAUUCGACAGAAUGUUUUGACUUUAAGGAUUGUGUAUUGUACUCAAUUGCAACAUUGUAUGAGCUCUAUGAAGCAGAAGAUGUACCUGAUAUUGACAACAUUAGAACGGCAAUCCUUGACCUGGAAGCUGUUUUGAUAGAACUUUUCCAGAAUGAAACGCAUGCAAUAUCUGAUAUUUCAAUCGCGAUGGAUUCUGUGACAGCAAAUGUAACUUACUUAUCCGAUGCUAAUCCUUUUUGUUCUUUGGCACCAGCAUUCGUAUCCGAUUUAAAGAAUCAGACCGUACUGAACUCGACAGAUAUUGUUUUUACGUGUAAUGCGACUGGCGAUCCCUUCCCGCAGUUUUGGUGGUUAAAAAAUGAAGAGUAUUUAACUGAUGAACAUUUGAUGCAGCUAACGAUAUCAUCUGCGACACCCGAUAACAGUGGUAUAUAUACGUGCAUAGCAGGCAAUGUUGUUGCAAAUAUAACAUCAAACGAGGCUCAUCUUCUGGUUGUUAUGCAUGAUGAAAACGAAUGCGAGACUAGAAAUGGUGAUUGUGGGCAUAUUUGUACAAAUGUUAUUGGUUCGUUUGAAUGCAGCUGUCACCAAGGAUAUACACUGAACGAAGACAAGUCGACAUGUACACGGGAUUCAAAAGAAGACGAAAUUGCAGAAGAUGAAGAAAUCAUGAACAUAGCACUGUUUGCAUCGGGUGCUCUAUUUGUAACGACGGCAAUUGCUGUAACAGCGUUUAUUGUCUACACAAAACUAAGCAAAGCAAAAGUAUUACCAAACACUUUAGACAUUGACGUUAAAGAGAGUGUGCAAACUGAAAAGAAUUUAUCCGAUGGACCAGUGGUAGAAGUAGAAGAAAGGUCAUUUGGUCCAGUUAAGACAUCAUUCAACAAGCGUGUCUUCACAAUAAAGGUCGUACCAGUGAAAUAACGUAUACGAUAUCACAGGAAAAAGAAAACACUAGAUUAAUAUCAUAUAUAAAAAUGAUAUAAUAUAUGUUAUAUUACCAAUGGACUAUAUUACAAGGAAAUCAAGCGGCCAAUAUCUUUAAAUGGUGUCCUGACUUUUACAAUCCCGAUUUACUUUAAAUAUUCAAAGCAAGCGUAUUUACUUCAUUUGCUUUGCGUAUAGAAAAUUAAUUAUAUUCUGUAUCAUAUGUUAAGGUUUUGGUAAUUCAUAUCUCGUAGUGUUAUUUAGUUUUAACUUUAAUCAUUACUUUCAUUAAAUUUUCAUUUGAUUUUCAUGGAUACUGAAUGUAGGCCAUGACUGUAUUCUAAAAAUAUACAAACAAACAUUAAAAUUCUUUUCAUCAUAACAUACAUAUGUUUAAAUAGUUUUUUUGUUCAAACUAAUUUUGUCUAGAAAUAAAACAGUUUAAGAUAGGAAAGAGCAUUAUGGGAAUAUUGUAAUUAGAUAGAAAAGAGCAUUCUGUGAAUAGUGCAAUUCAACGCAGUUUUGUCUGUUGCACAAUUUCAUGUAUUUUAAAUGUCAAGAGGUAGAAAGAAACUGUUAUUUAGGUAGCAGUUUUCCAUCUCCUAGCAUUCUUUUUGUGUAAUUCACAACUAACUAGACAACGUUUAGAAGAAAGUUUCAAAUCUCCUAAGUGCAUUUAGAGCAUAUUUAGAGCAUAUAUGUAAAUUUGCCUCAGUGAUUUUAUUUGAUAUUAAUGUUUUAAUCAUAAACAUCGCCAUCGUUUAACGUUAUCAUGACGUCACUUGUUGUACGCUGACGUGCUUCGGGUACGCCUAAGCCCUUACUGUGUUAUUGUUGUUUGUUUUGCUGUAACGUUUUAUUGUUGAAUAAUUUUACCUAAUAUUUAAACAUAUUAGACAAAAUAUAUCAACUUUAAAACAUAUAUAACUUCCACGUAGAUAGAGUUGCAUUUUUAUUUUCUAGUAACAGUCUACGAACUUCCAGAUCACCCCUCGUUUAUCAUUUUGUAUCAUUUUUGCUUAUAACCAAAUUGUCUUCGUCGUUAUACAGAGGUCAAUUGGUAUGUUUCUGUUAUUAUCACUGUAGAAGAUAAAAUUUAAUUGCUGAACAGUUUUGGUCAGGUACUUUUCGAAUCUUUUAUUAUGUAAAUGUUGAACAAAACUCUCUUCUAAUUGUCAACAUUAGCAAAGACAGCUGUCCAAGGUUAAGAAAGCAUACACGAUGUAUAUAUUUCUUUUAAUAAAUGAAGCAAAUAUUUCAGUAAUACCACAGGAAUUGUUGACCUUUUAAAGCUUUGUAUCUUUAUGCACAUCCUUAAUGAGUUUUGUUAUUCAGCACUAAUCUGUAACAUUCAUUUGAUUAUUAUUGUUUUUUAACCUUUAGAUCUUGACCUGUAUUGCACUUGUAUCGAUAUAUAUAUAAAGGACUUUUCUGACCGUAACAUAGUACAAAAAUGUUGCUUUCUUACCUCUUUGGCGUUCAUUAAAUAUAAGUGUAAGGCGUCACUAAAACGUAUAUAUACAUUCGUCUGCAGAAAGUAUCAUCUGGAAGACGUUUUUGUUUAAAUGUUGUUUUUCAACGACAAUUGCCCCCGUCGAUUUUUCUUUGUGUUAUUAGAAGUACACCGUUUUGCGCUAUGGUAAAUUUUGCGCUGCUUGAUAUAUCUUUAUUUAUUUGCUUUUUAUAUUAAAAUAUUUAGCGAAUGCACAUGACUGUUUAUUAAAAUAUUUACUCACCUUAAA